CACACCAUACUCAGAUCUGGAAAACCACUUUCCAGAAACAACUUAGAAACGCCGACCCAAUUGGCCCUUUAGUUAUUUAAUGAACGCAAAUUUCUGAUCUCCGCUGUGGUCAUUAAGUCAAGGAGCACCUGUAGUAUUUUGCUCCUUAUGCAAGGACAGGAUGAAGGGCUAUUAGAAACAAUUAGGGUUUUUCCUUUAUUAGAAGGAAAUCUGGCAGUGACUGGGAUAUAAGCAAUCCUGGCUGGAGGGAACAGCCAGUUUAAUGCCAGUAGGAUGCCAGCUAACUUAAGGACAGAUGGCAAGUGCUUCAGUUUAGCCAUGGGAAAAGGCUCGGCCUUUUUCAUUUAAUGACUACCAAAUAUCUUUACCUAAUUAUUUUUUUUUAGUUUUUAUUUCUGGCUUGUGGUUUUUAUUCGUUUAUUUUUGAAGGGAGAUUGUUUUAGGCACUUUAUGUGGCACUUUUUAUAUGUUUUCAGGCUUAAAAUAAACAUGGGACUAGAUCUCCGGUUUCUGAGUCCUGCCCUCUGUUGUAGAUUGUGAAGAGUUGUGGAACCCCCAGGUGCUUUCUGUCUAUGUCAUUUUUUUGAGAUUAUAUUAGUCUUUGUACGUGGAGCAGGAUCUCUGAAUAGGAAGCUCUGCAUGCAGCACCUUCUUCCUUUCGCCUUCACCAACCAUGUUCUCCACCAGGGCCCUCCGUUUGUGGAAUGGGUCCCUCCUGGACCCCUGCAGGUCAGCCAUUCCCCCCCCCCCAACCUUGUGCUCCUGCAGGCCCCGGGAACACAACCACAGAGGACAAUCCUGCUGCAUUGCAGUUGUUCUCCUCUAUUCCAGCCCUCCCGAUCUUGCAAAGAGCAGGCAUUCCCUCCAGUCCAGCCACGGAGCUCCUGUGGACUCCUACUGGCUAGAGUCAGGUGCUGUCGCCUUUCACUCUCUCUUUUUUGCUGACUGCGAAACACACAGACGGCAGGUUGCAGGCUGGCCAAGUGUGCAUCUGCAGACGAUCAUAAUGUUGCCCCAAAGGACGAACUGGAAGUCCAUGUGUAAAGGCCUCGUUCUGACUAGCUUCAUGCUGGUUCUGUAUUUGUAUGCUGUUCCACCCUUACAAGUCAGCAUGACAGAGAUUCCCAUCCCUUAUUCCUGCUCUUCCUACCGCACUCAGGCCCGGCUAUCAGCUUCAGGGAAUAGUAGCCAGGGCUCAGCCGGAGAAAAAUGUCUUCCCAAACUAAAUAUCAUGUUCAUGAAGACCCACAAGACAGCCAGUAGCACCAUCCUCAAUAUUCUCUUCCGCUUUGGAGAGAAGCACCACCUCAAAUUCGCCUUCCCCAAUGGACGUAGCGAUUUCUACUACCCGUCCUUCUUUGACCACAGCCAGGUGAAGGGCUACCAGCCCGGCGUCUGCUUCAACAUCAUUUGUAACCACAUGCGCUUUCAGUACGAGGAAGUGCGCAAAUUGCUGCCAGCCGACGCCAUCUUUGUGACAGUGCUGCGGGACCCCGCCUACCUCUUUGAGUCUUCUUUCCAUUACUUUUGGGGCGUCAUCCCUUUGACCUGGAAGGUAUUGGGAGAUGAUAAGCUGGCUGAAUUCCUGAGGGAUCCUUGGCAUUACUAUGAUCCGAACGGGUUCAAUGCGCACUACCUCCAGAAUCUCCUUUUCUUUGACUUAGGCUAUGACAACAACAUGGACCCCAACAGCCCGUUAGUCGAACAGUACAUUCGCGAGAUUGACGCGCGUUUCAAUCUGGUGAUGCUUUUGGAGUUCUUUGACGAAUCCUUGGUGCUUCUGAAGGACUUGCUGUGCUGGGAGCUGGAAGACAUUCUCUAUUUCAAGCUCAACGCUCGCAAAGGGUCCUCCGUCUCAAGGCUGACCAAGGAACUCUACCAAAAGGCCACCGUCUGGAACUUACUGGAUGCCAAGCUCUAUCAGUACUUCAAUACCACGUUCUGGCACAAAGUGGAGGCCUACGGGACGGCCAGGAUGGCUAAAGACGUGGCCAGGCUCAACGAGGAGAAUGAGAAGAUGAAGAGCGUCUGCAUAGACGGAGGCCGCCCUGUGGAUGCCAACUCUAUUGAGGAAUCCGCCAUGCAGCCCUGGCAGCCAGUGGGUGAAAAAUUCAUCCUGGGCUACAACUUGAAAAAGAGGAUCAACAAGAAGCAUCGGAAGCUUUGCCGCAAGAUGCUGACCCCCGAGAUCCAAUACCUGUCAGACCUCGGGGUCAACCUGUGGAUGACCAAGCUGUGGGGCUGGGUGCGGAUGUUUUUGAAGUGGUAAGAGGGCAACGCUCCUUGUGACGACCGAGCACACUGUCCCUCCAUAACAGUCACUUCGAUGCUUUUCUUUCCCUUUCUUCUCUUUCCACUUGUUUCUCCCACUGGUUGGCCAGGCACACACUGAACUGGGUCUAUGGCAAUUUGCCGUGGCCGAUUCACCACGGCCAACCCACCCCGGUCAACUUGCCCCAGGACAACUCGCUGCGGGAGAAGACUUCCACAAAUAUCAAAGAAGCAGUGGAACAGCAUCGUUAAAGAAAGGGUGCAAAAGGAGGGAUAGAAUGAAAUGUGACUGGCAAAAAAUGUAAAUACUUUUGAUGUAUUUUAAAUAAUUAAACAGAAUGGUUAAAUUGUUAAACUGCAGCGAGUUGGCUGUGGGAAGUUGUCCCAUUUCCCCGCUGAACUCGCAUGGUGGCCACCGGCUAGCGUGAGAACUAUCUUGAGCAUAAACUGUUCCUGAAGGUGAAAUUAAAAACAAAAAUAGGUGGGAGGGAAUGCAUGACCAAGGCUUGUAACCAAAGCAGGGAGAAAAGGUGCUGUACCCGUGACUCAUUUUUGGCAGGACUUUGGCAAGAAGAAAGUAAAAUGGAAGCAUUCCAUUCUCAGAGGUCACUCUGAUGCUUUAACGACUGAAAACACUACAGUGAAAACCAGGUCAAGAAGUUUCUACCAGCUGCAGUAUUUUGCCACUCAGAAUCUCCUUCCCCUCUCUCAUUCACACUCUCGUGGGCCGCAAUCGUAAGAGAAACUGCCAGCCUGCCGUUUAUUACAGCAUAAGGUGGUUAGGGAAGGAAGUAUGUGACGAUAUUUGCUUGUACCAUACAUCGUUUUCCUUGUGAGCAGGACUGGAUGCCCGUUCCCUAGAGGCAAAUUGAACAGGUAAUUUGCCCUGAACUAUAAUAAAAAGAGAGAAUGUGCACUGAUGGAGCAGUACAAUUUUUCACGUACUUUGAGCAGAUCUGCCCCCAAAAGCUUUAAAGCAAGCAACUGUCAGUCCUUCUUCCCUCGGACCCUCUAAAGUACUGUAAUGUUCUGCUGAAGUUUUGGAACGGGACUUUCCACCAAAUCCCAGUUCUCAGGAUGCUUUGCGAAGCAAGAGCAGCUGAGCACUUAAUCAAUAUCGCUGUUACAAUUUUAUAGUGCAGGUGCGCCCAGGUGAAGCUUUAUUCCGAUGUGUUACACGAGCCGUGGAUGUGCAUUUCUGUAACAUGUGCAUAGAUAAAUUCUUCCAUUGAACCACA